UUGCAUCGAUUUUGGUCAGCAGUGAUUUUCACCUUGGACCUCUCCUGUCGAUGGUAGAGAGUUCCACAAGUCACCAGUAAGUGCAGAAUGUACCCCACUGCUAUUCUGCAUAGCUGUCAGUCCCCUCAUCACAGAAUCACGAUCAUUGGCCAGGUAUAUGCGCAAACACAAGGAGUUUGGUUCUGAUCGAUGGUGUCUCUCAAGCACAACAAUGUAAAACAACAAUAUGUAAACGACACGGUACACACACAUAAAUACAGGAUUACAGAAAUGAAUACCACGGAGUCUGCAUAAGGUGCAGUUGCAGUCUAGCAGUGUGACAGUUCAACUGUUUAGGAGGGAGAUGGCGAGGGGAAAGAAACUGUUCCUGUGUCGGGUGGUCCUGGUCUGCAGGCUUCUACACCGUCUGCCAGAGGGCAGCAGGUCAAAGAGUCUGUCCAGGGUGUGAGGGGUCUGUGAUCGUUUUUCCUGCCCGUUUCCUGGUUACUGAGAGGUCACCCCAAAGAGCUGAUAAACCUACUCUGUACAUGUUUGACAUCAAGCUCAUUAACAGCAGUAACUUACUGAUCUACUUACCCUGGGUCUAUGUGCAGAAAUCCUUCAGACCGGACAUGUUCAUCAAAGCAAGGAAAUGGGAUCCAGGCUGGAGGAUUAGAGUUGCCAGAAGGAAAAGUAAGUGGAUAUACAGGACAGCUACAAGUACCCGAGUAUCUUGCAGGGCAAUGGUAAUCACGAUGAAGAUGAUGUACCAUUGACAGACGGGGGAAGUGCCUGACAUCAAGAAAUCUUAUCAGUAGCUAGAAGGUAGAUCUACAGGACAGCACGGAGGCUGUUAACAGGAUCCAAGUUUCAGGCUGGUUGUGCAAAGGAUGCUCCAGAGACGGUUCAGUGUAGGAAUAGGAUGCAAGCUGGGAUACCUUUCACAACUUGAGGAGAUCUUAGGUCUUAGUAGUAUUAGGAAGCUCAAACUGCACAUCUUCAGGGCACAGAGUGCAGACCAGGAACAGCUAAGAUGCUGUGCAGAACCAUCAAAUGCUGCAAAUCAAUCCGCAUGUUUUAAAUUAGCAUAGAAAGGUCGUAAAGAGUAGAAGGUUAACACCAGAGGGGGGGGAAAGCAGUUAGCAGCAUGCGGACAGGCAAAGCUCGGCUGGUUAUCAGCCAUCAAAGCCUUUCAGUCUCAUAUGUGCAGCAAGAUGUUGCACUGUCAGGUAUCAGAAUACUUUAUUCAUCCCCAGGGACAUUAUGUGGGUCACGGUUGCUCCACUACAGCAGCAGGUAGGAGGUUAAAGCAGCUACUGCAGUAAAUACACAGGCCAGAUGUGACUGGAGUGAAUGUCAUGUGGCUGCAGCUCUCACACUGGUGUCUGUGCUGCUGAGACGGCCCCACGGCCAGCUGCGUCUGCGCGUGUGAAAGUGCGGCGGCGCAGUGAUUGGCUGAAAAUGACAUCAUCCAGUCCAGAUCUAUUGUUGGAAAGUUGAUGAGCUCAUCGUUGAGAAUCCAGUGUGAGAAACACAGAGAAGAGGAAGGAGGACCUCGCUGCAGCGCAGCGUUGUUGUCUGUCUCAGAGUUCCUGCAGCUGACACAAACAGCGGACUCACCUCAGUAAGUACAGCGUGGAUAAGCGUGGAUACAGCACGGAUGCACCGUCGUGCAAAAGAGGAAACGCACACUGUGUUUGAAUGUUUGUCUUCUAAGAACUGGUCACAGGACGUUUCACCCAGCGGAUUUCAUUUCUACGUGUGUCGCCUGUGGUGCUGCAGGUAUGGUCUUGUCUCGGGAUGGAGAGAUGGAGCGGCCCCCGCUGUCCGUCAUCCUACCGCAGCUCUACCUCGGAGCAGAGAGCGACGUGACGCAGGACCAGCUGGCCUCGCUGGGUAUCUCCUAUGUGCUGAGUGUGAGUCGCUGUAGCCCCCAGCCCUCCUUCCUGCCUGGUUCCAGGUAUCUUCGCAUUCCUAUUGAUGACUCUUUGUGGGAUAACCUGCUGCCCUGGAUCCCACAGGCUCUGCAUUUCAUUGAUGUAGCCAUGUCGUCGGGGGCUUCGGUGCUGGUGCACUGUGCAGCAGGAAUUUCCCGCUCCCCGACUCUGGCUGUUGCCUAUGUCAUGUACAGUCUGGAAAUGGAUCUGGACCAUGCUUACAGGUUUGUGAAAGAGCGCCGGCCCUCCAUUUCCCCAAACUUCAACUUCCUGGGUCAGCUGCAGCACUUGCAGGGUGCUCUGAGCCAAAAGUCGCGUGGCCACGACCUCCUCAUCCAGCAGCUGGCCAGUUGUCUGCCGUCUGUUAACGACAGCGUGAACCUCUCUCACAGCAGUCAGAACAGUAACUGUCAAGCUAAGAGCGUCACUGCAGACUCAGCUCACCACAAAGACAAAGCCCAGCAGAGACGCUCGCUGUCAGAGAGCACUGAAAACACGCAGCAGCAACUGCGGACUCUUGAUUUGCCUCCCCAUCGUAACCUGCAGCCUGUCCAGAAACCAUCAGAAGUUUCAGCUUCCAGUCCCUGUGAGCCCAUCAACCCAACACUAAAGGCCACCCAACUACAACUCCCAUCAGGCUCUGCUUCUCUCUUAGAGAAACGUAAAAGCCUUACCCUCUCUUUGACCCCUUUGGGAAUAUGCCCUUCCUCCACAGCAAACGAGAGGCAACAAGAAAAAAUGGUCGAGAGCAGGAAGAUUGCCGAGAGCGCCGAGGUAAAGAGUUUCCCUGGCUCCUACAGGCAGGCAGAGGCUAUCCACAGGAAGCAGCGUCUCUCUCUCAGCCAGCACAGCAGAGCUGAGGUCAAGGAAAAGGGCCUGCUCUCACCUUUCAGCGUCACUCUCAACAAGCUGCUGGGUUGGGGGGAAAGGAUACUGCUAGGAGGUGUUUUUGUCCACCCUGUGCAGAUGGGACAGCCCGCACUACCUUACAGGUGCUGAGGAUACAAGGAAGCAGGUGGUAGAAGGAGUUAUCUGUGCAUGUUUGUCAGAAGAAACCAAACUACACAACUGAUGUGCACGUGUAAUGAAAGAACCAAUGUCUAUUUAUUUAUUUGUUGCAGAGUUGAAUCUAUGAAAAUGACCUGAAAAGACAAAAAGCACCCCGUUUAUCAUAUUGUUAUGUUUAUCGUUAUGACAGCGAUCCCUGUUUCUGUUGUUUUUAAAUGUAGUUGUUUAAAAGGCUUUUGCCACAAUGGUUUGUAAUGUAUUUACUGAUGAAUAAAGAUGACAU